UUAAAGAGGUCUUGUCCAUUCUCCUUUUAUCACCAGCAUUCCUGGCCUCAGAGUGACAAAGUCCACUACUCCAUGGAAGCUUCGCUGCUUGGCUAGCUAGGUGUAGCGUGUCUACCGGCGAACGGAGUGCCUCAUUUGGGGCACCGGCCGCAAUUUCCAGGCAAACUAGGAAGGAGAAGUCCACUCGGGAGAGCCUGGAAAAGGAUCCAAUUUGAAGACUUGCAGUCUCGAUUCCUGAGGCUGUCCUACUGAGAUCCAGAGAAGCUAUAAGGAUUAAUUCUUUUUGCUCUCGGAGUAUUGCAGGAGGGACGGGCGGGUAGAGGCAAAGGGGAGAAGGGAAAUGGCUAGCAAGGUGACGAAUUUUUCGGAUCUGAUCCAACGAGUCGCGGCCUCUUGUUUGCUGCACCCACUCGCCGCCGGUCGCCACGGUUCUGGCGAGAAUCGAGUCGGAGACGACGAUGACGAGUACGAAUUUUCGGAGGAUCACGAGGACGACGAAGAAGAGGAGGAAGAAAGAGAAAGUGAAGAAGAAGAAAAGGAAAGACUAAAGGCUUGGGAGGGGAUGAAGGAGGAGGUGAGAGUAGAAAGAGUGGUGGAGAUGGAGAGGCUAAUGAACGAGGUGUUCGACACGGUUUCGGGGAUGAAGAGAGCGUACGCGAGUCUACAAGAAGCGCAUUGCCCUUGGGACCCAGAAAAGAUGAGGGUGGCGGACGUAGCUGUGGUGGGGGAGCUGAGGAAGCUCGGAGUGUUGAGGGAGAGAUUCAGAAGGACUACCAGCCUCAUUGGUGGUAGCACGCGCAGGAAGAGCAGAGGAAGAGGGAGAGGAAGUGGGGUUGCGACGGUGAGGGAGGUGGUGGCGCCGUACGAGGCGGCGGUGGAGGAACUGAAGAGGGAGGUGAAACUGAGGGAAGUGGAGGUCGAGAAUCUCAAGGAGAAGCUGAGGACCGUUGCGGUCUCGAGCCUAAGCCUUACUGGAACCAACGGGAAGAAGGGAAGCUCCAGGUCUCACCAUUCGAAGCGGAAGGUCGUCUCCGCUCCUCAAGGUCAAGUCAUGACAGGGCCAGCACCAGAAGUUUUCGAGACCGCAAUGAAGCAGGUGAAAGACGCAUCCAAGUCCUUCACGAUGCUCCUCCUCUCCCUCAUGCGCUCUGCCCACUGGGACAUUGCAGCUGCCGUACGUUCUAUCGAAGCCGCUGCCAAUGCCACCGACGAUCUUACAUCCACUCCCGCCACCAUCGCAGCUUGCUCAAUCGUUGCAACACAGCACGCCAAAUAUGCUCUGGAAUCCUACAUUUGCCGAAAGGUGUUCCAAGGAUUCGACCACGAGACCUUUUACAUGGACGGCAGCCUCUCCUCCCUUCUCAACCCGGACCAGUAUCGCCGCGACUGUUUCACCCAGUACCGCGACAUGAAGGCGAUGGACCCCUCCGAGCUUCUCGGAAUCAUGCCCACCUGUCACUUCGGUAAGUUCAGCUCCAAGAAGUACCUCGCCGUGAUUCAUCCCAAGAUGGAAGAGUCCUUGUUUGGGGACUUAGAACAGCGGCGCCAGGUCCUGGCCGGAAACCACCCAAGAAGUCAGUUUUACGGCGAGUUCUUAAUGCUCACCAAGGCCGUGUGGCUGCUUCACUUGUUGGCCUUCUCUCUCGACCCGGCACCGAGUCAGUUCGAGGCGAGUCGUGGAGCUGAGUUCCAUCCACAGUAUAUGGAGAGCGUUGUCAAAUUUCCCGGUGGGCGAGUACCUGCGGGUCAGAUCGUGGGCUUCCCAGUUAGUCCUGGAUUCAAGCUUGGCAACGGAUCAGUCAUUAGGGCUCGUGUUUAUCUGGUCGCCAGGACAUAAGGUAGAAUGGAACGCACCCUUUGGAAUGAUUAGCUUAGCUUAUUUUGCUGAUGUUUUUAGAUCAUUAGGGUAGUGAUGAAGUUAAGAUGAAUGUAAUGUUAACCUUUUGCUAUUCUCGAGUUGGAUUUUGUUCCUAGAGAUUCUAGGCUCAAGAACCUAGGACCACUUCGUUUUGUCCCAAGUGAUGCUUUUCCAUUAUGUUUUGGAUCAAACAGACAUGAUUAAUUGAUGGAUCUAGUGCCGCAUAUGGACCA